AUGCCUCCUCGUAGCAAUAAUGUGUUGCUUGGACCAGGGAGACGUGUCAAGACGGAACCUAUCAGUGUAAUGUAUAUCACUGAAUCGCCUGACGCGAUGAAGCAUCCGUUUGAGUACCCGGGAUAUCCUGCGCAAACGCACGAAUCUUCUGGCUCGCCUGUCACACCGCUACCUGGACGAAAGUGGACGCAGGAAGAUCAGGAUGAACGCGAUGCAGAGAUGCGCAAGGAGGUCAUGGGAGAGCUGGUUCAAUCUUGGAUGGACCGGCUACAGCUAAUCAGCGUAAUCACCACGUUUUUCGCUGCCGUUGAAGGAGGGUUACUGGGUAUCGCGACGCCGGAGCGCGGUAUCAAAAGUCCUCCGAUCGAAAGAGCUGCAACCACUGGUCUCUCUGGAGCUCUUGUGCUGCAUCUCUUCGCAGCCAUCAUCUCCUUUCUCGCCUCAUUCUUCCUCAUCCGCUACAAGGUCGAAGAGGCCAAGAUUGAAGAGAAGAGGGUUGAAGAGGGCGUAAAGCCCACCUUCACCGGCAUCUGGUCGUCGAACCCGCGCCUCGAGCAAUUCGGCCCGUUCCAAAUGGAUAAGCCGCCCACGGUUCUGCUGGAACGCUGCCACUCCCUCUGCAUCCUCUUCGCCGCAGUCGGGUUCGUACUUGCCAUCGUGGGCGUUAUCUGCUUUAUGUGGGCGCGCAUGAUGGGCAGCCCGAGCAUUUUCGCGACCGUUUGCGCGGGAGUCUGCUUUGCUGCGAGCUUUGUUAUCAUUUUCUUACCGUCUUCGACCACAUUGCCGUCACCAUGA